AUGACUUCCACAUCUCCCGCCGCCGCCGCCGCCGCCGCACCCGCCACUGCUGCGCCCGCAAAGCCCGCCGCUGACGAUUCUGCUUCCACUCUUACUGUCAAUUCCAAGCCGGCACCACCCACCUUUCCCGCUCCGAAAAUCGAUAAGCCACGACCCCACGUCUGCGCGACCUGCCAGCGUUCUUUUGCGCGUCUCGAGCAUUUAAAGCGACACGAGCGCUCCCACACCAAAGAGAAACCUUUUGAGUGUCCCGAGUGUCAGCGAUGUUUUGCUCGCCGUGAUUUGCUUCUGCGGCACCAGCAAAAGCUGCACCAAACGACCACUCCCUCGGCCCGCCCGCGCAACCGCCGAGAAUCUGCGAGCGGCGUUACUCCCGCCCAGGCUCGACGUAAAAAUAGCAUAGCAGGCCCUAGUGUCGGAGCUGCCGGUCAAGGGAACGCCCAGAUGAGGCCCCGAGCGAAUACUAUAAGUCAUGUUGACGGUUCAGCCAUGCAGAUGCUGGCCUCCGCCAACGCCUCUGUCGCUAGAAGCAUGGGCGGCCACAAUAGACACCCGUCUCUAGUAGGCCUGCCGCUGCACAACUUUGACCUUGGCAGCAUGUCCCUCGCUCUUAGCCAGCGCGGCAUGGCCCUCAGCCUCUCCAAGCUCGACACGGGCACCACGACCGAAAUGGGCCCGGCACUGAGGACGGCGCCGGCGGUUGGUCCUUUUGGCACCGAAUUUGAUUUUGAAAACCUUCUCUUUGGCCAUGGCUCCACCAUCAACCCCAACGCCCUUCACUACAACGACUCGCCCCAGUCCAUGAAUGUCGACCAUCAGUCUCCCUUCAGCUCCUCACUCAACGACCUCUCCUCUGGUCAGCCCUUUGAUGACGGCCUUGACUGGGUCGCCGGCUUUGAGCAUCAGAUGACGUUUCAAAACAACGAAAACGCGAUUGACGGUUCGAGCCCCUCAGCAAUCAGCACCACGAGCCAGAGCGGGAUAAGCGAUGUCAUGGUGGAUGGUUCAAAUCAUCCGGUCCCAGCAGGGUCUACCACCAUGUGGCAGCCCUCCGUCAUGGGACCGCCGCAGAUGACGAACCCUUUUGCGAUGGAUAUCAAUGGGUCGGUUUUUCCCGAUCUCCUAAACGGAGCACCUGUAUCACCUCAGCCAGCUUCUCAAAAGAUCAAUGACCCCUACCUGUCCGCGCCUCAUUCGCAGAGUUCAAUGAACCCAUCCGUCGUAACGGGACGCAACGCGCAAACCAUAAGCAGCUCCCCAAGCUUCCAUCCUGGCCCGGACCCUACGCACCCCAUCGCUGCCGGGAACCUCGGAGCCUCUCCCGUAACCACAAUCACAGAUGCCACCAGGACCGCCAUUGUGAAUAUCCUCUCCAAAUCCCAACCAUUUGGUCGUAAACCCGUUCUCAAGACUGCGCCGCAGACUGCCAAUAAUCAGUCCACCGAGCACAAGCUGCCCUCAACCCUGGACCUCCAGCGAUACGUCACUUCCUACCUAACGCACUUCCACCCGCAUCUUCCCUUUUUGCAUGUCCCCACCCUCAACUUUGACAUGUCUAAGCCCGGGCACGAUGACGAACUAGGGUCCCACGGCGGCAAGGGAUGUCUCGUCCUGGCCACCGCCAUGAUCGGCGCCCUGUAUGAACGAGAUCUCGACGUAUCCAAAGAAUUGUUUGAGCUGUCGAAACGAAUGGUGUUCAUGUUCCUGCAAGAUCGUCGCAAACAGGAAAUGAGCAGGGCAAGAAGCACCACGUCCCAGAGCGGCUCACAGCCCAGUGACGAUGGCUCUGACACGCCCGUCUGGCUGGUCCAGACUAUGCUCUUGAACAUCUCAUACGGCCACAACGUGAUUGACAAGAUUGCUACGGAUAUCGCUUCCAUGCACAUUUCAUCCUUGGUGGGUCUCGCUCAAGGGGCUCAGCUGGCGAAGCCGACGCAGCUCCACGUCCCAAAUAUCGAAGAUGUGCAAAUAGCCAACGACGAGAACUUUGAGCGCCAAAGGGAGCAUCUGCAAGACCAUCAGUGGAUCGAGUGGAGCAGAAUGGAGGAACGCAAGCGAACCCUCUACGCCGUAUACCUCUUAUCAAGCGUUCUAGUGACAGCGUACAAUCAUGCGCCAGCUUUAACGAAUUCCGAAAUCCUGAUUGAUUUGCCGUGUGACGAGGAGUUUUGGGCUGCCGAGACCAGCUUCGACUUUUUCGCCAGGGGCGGUGUCCGCGGCGCCGCUCACAACACGCCGCCGUUUCGCGAGGCCCUGGCCGAGUUGCUGCACUCGAGUCAAAAGGAACAGGAUGACUUGACCCUCGAUAGCAUGUCGGCCGGCUUUGAGACGGGUUCUAACCCCAGCAGGGUGCGUGGCAGCCAGCUCAGCCCCAGCUCCUUUGCGCUUCUUCUUCUCAUCUACGCCCUCCACAACUAUAUCUGGGAGACCCGCCAGCGGCACCACAACAAGGUCUGGACAAACGAGGAGACGGAGCGCAUGCACCGCCACAUUGAGCCCGCCCUGCGUGCCUGGCAGAUGGCCUGGGCGAGCAACCCACGUCACUGCGUCCAGCACCCGAAUCCGUAUGGCCUCGGGCCCCUGCCCGCCGACUCGAUUCCACUGCUCGACCUGGCAUACGUCCGCCUGUUUGUCAAUCUAUCACGCGCCAAGGAGCGCUUCUGGGAGCGCGAUUGGAUCGGCGUAGCCAACGAGAUUGCUCGCGGCAGCCAGGUCGUGGAGAAUUCGUCGUCUGACGAAUCGGCCACGGAGCCGAGCAGCCGAGCAGAGCCCGCCGACGCCAAUAUGCGCGACGCGACCAUCUCCGACUCGCCCGGCCCGCAGACGCAAUCCAUUGACUUUGCCAGGUUCACCUCCGCGCGUGGCGACCCCAACUCGGCCGAGCGCGUCACGUCGCGCCGUGAAAAGCACCUCCGCAAGGCAUCGUUCUUUGCCGCCGACUCCCUCCUCAUGGCUGACCGCCUCGGUGUCUCCGUUGCCGACCUCUGGGGCGGCGAGCUCUCGCUGCAGGCCGCUCUCUGUGCCUUUGAUUGCCUGCAGGUACUCGCCGAGUGGCUGGCGACGCUGCAGGACCGCGUCGGUCCGUAUCUCGGCAUCGUGGGCCACGACGAGAUUGACUUUGCGCAGAUGCCCGCCGUGAUGAUUCUCGAAGAGGACGACGUGCGGCUCUUGGAAAAGGUACGCGGCAUUGUCGAGUCUGCGGCCGUCAAGGCGAGGGAGAAGCUGGCGAACGCGGGCAUAGACCCAGACUUUCACCUCGUCGAGCCCGGCGGCUACGUACCCAAGCUGCUGCGACUGUUUGGCAUCAUGAUGCAGAAUGCGGGCGUCUGGCAGGUCUACCAGAUUAUGUCGCAGUGUUUGGAGGCGCAGGCGCUACAUGCGCGUAGUCGUGCGCAGCGAUCGACCACGACGGUCAUGGCGGAUUUUUAG